CAGGGAAGUGUGGAGAUAGGAUUAAUAACUCACAGAUAGAAACCCAACUGGGACUGUACGGGGAAAUUUAAAGAAGAUUCAAAUAAAAAUGGACAACUCUCUGGAGUUCUCGCGUCAAAAGGAAGACCUUGUCCGCACAGUGAGGAGCCUGCAGGUCACCUCCCAAAACACUCUACAAAAAGCUGUCCCUCUCCUCUCUUCCCAGCCUGGACUAGGUCUCCUAAAGCCUUCUCAUGUACAACAGCUCUCCCAGAAGACUACGCAGGUGUGCCGAGAACUGGAAGACGUGGGUAAUCUUCUUUUGUUCCGCCAGGAUGAGCUCACUCAAAACAUACCCGUGCCUGGGACAGGAGGUUGCAGUUCCCUUCAUUGGUGUUCCGAUGGCUCUCUCUAUGUAUGUGGAGAUAAUGGGCCUAAUGUCUACUUGCUGAAUAGUCAUGGAAGACCGAGUCAAGCCCUCUAUUGUUGUGAUGAUGAUGAUAUCUUCCUUCCAGACUGUGUUGCCAUGACUCGUUUCGGCACUGUAGCUGUCACUGAUAUUACAGAGGGCAUCGUCCGUAUUUACAAACAAAACUCGCAGCCACCUUGGGUUAAAGUGGGCGGAAUUUUCAAAUCUCCGAGAGGCAUUGCUGUGGACACCUCUGGACGUAUCCUAGUUGUAGAAUACACUUCUGGGUCAGUGCAGGCUUUUCACGUGGACCGAGCCUAUCGAGUACAUGGAGUUAAGAAAGUCUCAGGACUCCGGGGGCCACAGUAUAUCUGUGCUACACUAGAGGGCGGUUUUGCCGUGAGUGAGGAGUGUGGAGAUGUUAAGUUAUUUACCAGUAACUUAAAGCUGGCUGGUUCCCUCUCUGAGACAUACGAGCACAUUUUUGGUAAUCCAGCGGGAAUAUGCGCUGAUCCCGAAGGGAAUAUCCUAGUGGCAGAUGUCCAGAAAAGAAAUGUCACUCUUUUCCCACCCACUGGGUCGCCCAUAUGCAUCGUCUCCAACGGUCUUUGUAAACCGGAAGGAAUCACAUGUUCACCUUUUGGACUUUUGUAUGUGGCAGACUCUGGUCUCAAUUGUGUUAAGGUUUACAAAUACCGUGCAAAUCCAUAUUAUAGUCCCACCAGCCCUCGGAGACCAUGAAAAGCUCCAUCUCAGACGGCAAUGUCCCGAUUGGUUACCCUCAGAAUGAUCCAGAGUAUCUGUGUACAUAUAUAUUGUUUUUAAUAAUACAAGUAACACGAGAUACGUUUCUCUCCAUUCCUUUCUGUUCUGUAGUGAUAAGAAACCAGUUAGUUAAAGGUUUCUGAAUCCUUUGUUUCAUAUUAGCCCAUAAGGCGCUACACAAUAUGCUAUCUUUUCAACUACAAAUAAAGCCAAUCAAUCACCACUGAUGGCUGUACGUGUUGGAUGAGUCUGCGGAGUUGCGUAAGCUUAUCUGAGCGCCUUUAUGUUACUAUUCUGUAAGUUCGUUUCCACAAAACAAAGUAAGAUGUGCUAUCCCAGAAACAGAGACCAGCACCCGCUGGGGGAACAGCAAAACCAUUUAAAUUGCACCUGCCACCUAGACCGUAUCUCCCAAGAUUCCAAUUUUGGGAUCAGGUUGGUUGCGUGGACACCUGGCGGUAAGGAAGCGGUUGAGUCACAAUUAGGAAGUGGUCAGGGUCUCUUACUGCAUAUGCCUUGCGCCUUUUGAAGACCUCCACUUUUCCCUGAAUAUCCCCAGUGUCUGGUGUGUACAACAUUCAUACUUCAUUGCUCCCCUAGCCAGGGCAUACCUCCCAGCAUUCCCAAAGUAUUCACAAAUAUCUAUUUGGGGUUCAGAACAAGUCCUGCAGAAUCCGGCCUGUCCCACCUAAAUUGAGACAGUUGGAAGUUACGCCUAAACACAACAAUUAUCAGAAUUCAGCCGUCACUAAGAAUUUCAUACAAUGGGAAAAUUUUAGUCUUGCCAAAGAAAGUAGCUGGCGCCACCUGCAGGCAAUGCGGAGCGCUGUAAUUAUGGUGCUGGAGACACAGCCUGGCUAGGACAUACUGUACAUUCAUGAAUACAAAUUCAAAUAGGAGUAGAUCUCGGGAGCCAGUGAAACUCAUCAGCAGCAGACUGCAGUAAUGCAAAGCCAGAGUCAUAUUCAGCAUUUUCAUUUAUUUUUCAACAAAAAAAUACAAUUUUAUUUUUCUAAUUAUUAUUAUUGAUGUUUUGCAAACAGCUCACUGACCAUUGUGCAAACUGAUCAGUACACACAGGCCAUUAUACAAAUCUCAUCUUAUAAAGCCACAAUGGCAGUGAAGACUCCCAAAAGCUUACAAUCCAAACAAAUUCUGUGACACAUAUGGAAUAACCUUCAAGAAGUGGGUCUCCACUUUAUCAUGUAUCAUAUUUACACCAUCAGCAAUAAACGCCGGGCACUGGGCAGUCCCAUUAUAGCUGGGAGGAGAAGGGAACCCUCUCUUAUCAGUAGUGCAAGUCUGCUCUCUGUUACAUUCUAUGUGGGGUCUGUGAGUAUACAUAAUCAUUUACUUACUUAGCCUGUGUAUGACAAUAAACAGUUACGUUAUUUGAA